AUGCAUAAGUGUGUGAGCAGACUCUUCAACUUAACCGACAAAGAUUACAAGGACAAUAAGCAGCACGAGCCUGAGGAUGCUAUUGUGGACCGUGGAGACCAAGUGAAGAGUAGACGACUUAUAAGGACGAUGAACGUGUCUCCUUUGAAUGUUACCAGGGUUGAUAGAGGACUUACUAGAUUUCAAUUGAUAAAAGCAGAAACUUCUGGGAGCGCGUGUGGUACGGAAUCGGGAUACUCUGUUAUCCUAUCUAAUCUUGCACUGGCUGGGGAAACACAGUGCGACAGGUGGUUGCAGAAGCUACUUCAAUCAAUUCAAUCUGUUGCAGUUCUUGUGAAUGACGGUGACGGUUCAGAAAAUAAACCUCAACAUACAGCCGCUCAUGUGGUGGUUACUCUUGAGACAGUUGCUCAUGAGACGCUUUCUGCAGAAUUUCAUAAGUAUAAUCAAAAGAUGCGGCUGUUAGCGUUCACCCUUAAGGUUUCUCCAUUGUUGCUUUUCAUCAGGAUUUUGUUCUUGCAUGUGUAG